AUGGCAUUCAGUACACCUUUCGAAAGACUUCCAGUUGAGAUUAUAAUCUCCAUCAUCGGCGACCUCGAGUCUCCGGAGGCCCUCCAAGCCAUGAUCCGGGCCGACUCUCACAUUCUACGUGUGUUCAUUGGAAAUCGGCAUCUUAUCCUUCGGCCCCUUCGCCAAGAUGUGUACCAUCAGUUCCCGGACAAGAAUUUCACGCAAGCGGCGAUAUCAUGUCGCCUGAGGCAGAUCGAGAGUGGUGUCCCGCCUCGAACUCAAACCCGUGCUCAUGCUGAAGAGAUGAUGAGACCCCUCCUAUCACAAUCACCGAAACCUUUAUCUGUGGCACAUUUGAGCCUGGGUGCCAUUUCGAAACUCUAUGAACUCUUUCGCGAAGCAGAAAUAUUCACAGCUGGUUUCUCAAGAGAAUGCUGGCAAAUGUUUCAAGACUGGGUGUCUAGAGAAAAUGACGAUUAUGACGAAGAUCAUGUACCUCAAAAGCUUUCUAGCAUCAGGCUUCCUUUAUCUUUACCACUUUCAAAAACAGAAUGUUACGAGAUACAAAGGUUCUAUUCACUCUUCGACGUAUACCGACAUACCCUCAAUUUUACCACCUCUUUCCUCCAAGACUAUGACCUUCCUGAGCCAUCUUCGUCCAAGUUUCAUAUUCUUUACAGGUUCAUCUACCAAGAUAAGCUUCUGUGUGUCAGGGCCUUUCAGACGGUCCUCAGAUUCGUAUUCAGAGAAUAUGAGCACCUUCUGAACGGAAUUCAUGACCGAAUCGCUUGUUGUACCCACUUGCAUCGGCCUGGCACCAGUGAUACACCUUGGCUGCGUCAACGACAAGAAUUUCUCGACAGAAGCCCGCGGGAUCAUGUACAGUUCAUCGCUUAUCUUUGCUCGCAAGGCUACUAUGUGCUGCUGAGAUCACAAGAUAUGGAUAGCAUAACGCGAGAGGAACGCAUAUUGUCGUUGUACAUGCGCUUCUCUCAGUUCAAAGAGAAUAUUCUUACCUGUCCAUUAGUAAUAAGUGCUCAUUUGGAGUUCGCUUUGAACAAACUCUGCCAUGGCACUGAUCUACAUCGUGAGUUUUGGGCAAGUGGAUCAGUAAUAUGA